AUGAUGAAAAAAGGAAGGAACAAGGGUCGUGCCAAAAAGGGCUGCGGUCAUGUGCAGCCUAUUCGUUGCACGAGCUGCACCUGGUGCGUACCCAACGAUAAGGCCAUUAGGAAGUUCAUCAUUCAAAACGUACUAGAGGCAGCCGCCAUCAGGGACAUUUCCGAAGCGAGUGUCUUUGACUGUUUCGUGCUUCCCAAGCUCUACGUGAAGCUGCACUACUGUGUGAGUUGUGCCGUUCACAGCAAAGUGGUCAGGAAUGGAUCUUGUGAUGCCCGCAAGGACCAAACCCCUCCACCCCCAUUUAGACCUGCUGGUGCCGCCCCACGACCUCCACCAAAGCCCAUGUAA